AGCCUACUUUUAAAAAUGUCCAGCCUUCGGACAGCUUGGCAACAGCAGCUACGUACAGUGUGUAGCGGCACCCAGAAGCGAACAAAGCGACCCGGAAGCGCUGAACCAAUUGGAGGCAGGCAGAAAGAAUACCAAUCUUUAAUAAUAAAGCAAGACAAAAUCUGCAAUCGGGACAUCAGGAUGGCUGAGCCUCGGUUCAACAACCCCUACUUCUGGCCUCCGCCUCCCUCCAUGCCUGGCCAGCUGGAUAACCUGGUGCUCAUCAACAAGAUCAAGGAGCAGCUGAUGGCUGAGAAGAUCCGACCCCUGCACCUGCCACCCAACUCAGCCCCCUCUCAGCAAACCCUGCUGGUGGCUUCCUCCCCCUCGGACGGGGGGCAGCAGCCGCAUGGCAUGCCCAUGCCUAAGCACCAGCAGGGGCAGCACCACCCUCAGGGCUCGGUCCAGCAGCCCGACAUCGCCCUGCACGCCCGCCCAGCCUCCAGCUCUGUGCCAGUUAGAUCAGUUAAUUUUAUUACCUUCAAUGUCGAUGAUGCAGACGUGAAUAUGGAUGACAAGUCAGCAGUGAAGGCCAAAGGACUGUGGGAUGAGUGGCACAUGCGACAGAUCGUAGAGCAGCCCUCUAGAGUUAACCAUCGGUCAGUCUUUAUGUGCCCAUACACAGGUCUGGCCCCGUCGUCCCGGCCAGACGGCCACAGCAUUUCCGAGGCCCUCACGCCCACCACACCCACCUCCAGCAGCCAGAACCGACUGGGAGGGGCCCCAUCGGUCAACAUCAUCUCCGGGCUGGCCAGUGGGCCUGGCAUGGAGCAGAUGAAGAGCGGGGGCCUGGCCGGACUCCUCGGCCCUCCACCCAAGACACCCCGCGGGCGGAAGAAAAUCAAAGCGGAGAGCGGAGGGCCUCUUCUGGUGGUGCCCUACCCCAUCAUGGCCUCUGGCGCAGACCAGGGCUGCAUCACCUUCCCUGCCAAAGAGGGCAAAACGUACAGAUGCAAAGUGUGUCCGCUUACCUUCUUGUCCAAGUCGGAGAUGCAGAUCCACUCCAAGUCCCACACGGAGGCCAAGCCCCACAAGUGUCCCCACUGCUCCAAGUCCUUUGCCAAUGCGUCCUACCUGGCCCAGCACCUCCGCAUUCACCUGGGCAUCAAGCCUUACCACUGCUCCUACUGCGAGAACUCCUUCCGUCAGCUCUCGCACCUGCAGCAGCACACCAGAAUCCACACUGGUGACAGACCCUAUAAAUGCGCGGCCCCUGGAUGUGAAAAGGCCUUUACCCAGCUCUCUAACCUACAGUCUCACCAGAGGCAGCACAACAAGGACAAGCCGUACAAAUGUCCCAACUGCUACCGUGCCUACUCAGAUUCAGCAUCGUUACAGAUCCACCUGUCUACGCACGCCAUCAAAAACGCUAAGGCCUACUGCUGCAGUAUGUGUGGCCGGGCAUACACCUCAGAAACCUACCUUAUGAAGCACAUGUCCAAACAUACAGUGGUUGAGCACCUAGUGAGCCACCAGUCCCCCCAGAGGACAGAGUCUCCCAGUAUCCCAAUACGCAUCUCCCUCAUCUGAGCUCUCCACCCACACAGCAUUACUGUAUGUUGUUGUAUUAAUUUUCUAUGUAAGGCUGUAGUUUAGGUACCCUGCAUAUAAGGCCAUCGACACAAGGCCUACAUACAGUGCCUUUGGAAAGUAUUCAGACCCCUUGACUUUUUCCACAUUUUGUUACGUUACAGCAUUAUUCUAAAAUUGAUUUUGAAUAAAAAUCCUCAGCAAUCUACACACAAUACCCCAUAAUGACAAAUUGAAUACAGGUUUUUUGAAUUUGUAGCAAAUUUAAAUAAAAUAAAAAGCAGAAAUACCUUAUUUACAUAAGUAUUCAAACCUUUUACUAUGAGACUCAAAGUA